GCGGCGGCGGGCGGCGAGCGGCGGUACCGCUUCGCGGACGGGCCGGCGGGCGGCGAGCGGCGGGCGGCGCUGGCGCUGCGCGUCCCCGAGGUGCUGGACUCCCCGUACGGCCUGUACGCGUGGCCCUGCGCCGUGGUGCUCGCCCAGUACCUGUGGUUUCACCGCGCAGCGCUACCCGGCAAGAGAGUCUUGGAGAUUGGAGCAGGCGUUAGUCUACCUGGUUUAGUAGCUGCAAAGUGUGGUGCCGAAGUUACAUUAUCAGAUAGCGAAGAGCUACCUCAGUGCUUGGAGAACUGUCGAAAAAGCUGUUUGAUGAAUGACCUGCCUGAUGUACCUGUUAUAGGUCUCACCUGGGGCCGGGUAUCUCCAGAGCUGCUCUCUCUUGCUCCUGUAGACAUCAUCUUAGGGUCUGAUGUCUUUUUUGAACCAAAAGAUUUUGAAGAUAUCUUAACUACAGUUUACUUCUUAUUAGAAAAGAAUCCACAUGCUCAAUUCUGGACUACAUAUCAGGUCCGAAGUGCUGACUGGUCUAUUGAAGCUUUGCUCUGCAGAUGGAAACUGAAGAACACCUAUGUUCCACUACACUCAUUUAAUGCAGACAAAGAGCACUUGGCCAACUCUUCUUUACCAGGAAGACAUACAAUUGAAAUGAUGAUCAUCUCACUAGCAAGAUCAGAUGGUACUUAAGUUUAUUCCACUUCUUGUUUCCAAUACAAGAUGUUACUGUAGCAUGGAUCUGCAGGAAACAGUCUGAUUUGCAGCAAACCUCAUACCACCUCAUACCUUCAGUGGUAUUUUUUUUUUAAACAUGCAUCGCAAAAAUAAAGCUGUUCAAGUCUUCAGCUAUGG